AUGUCGAAUUUGCAUUUGCCCAAUGGCACCACAAACACGGUGCAUGCUACCGGAGGCGGGGUCGGAGAACACGUGUCCUUCCACAUGUUCUUCGACUCCUGGAUGGUGGAGCAAAACUACCAACUCCAAGAACUUGUCUCCGCCACCAAGGAGUGGGGCGGGAGAUCAGACGUAGUGGAGCAGGUGGUCCAUCACUACGAGCAUUACUACAAGACGAAGUCAAUGUGGGCGAAGAAGGACAUUCUGUCAAUGUUCAGCCCGACGUGGACGAGCAGCCUGGAGAAAGCCUUCAUGUGGGUGGGCGGGUGGAGGCCCACCACGGCCUUCCACCUGCUCUACUCCAAAUGCGGCCUCCAGCUCGAGGCCGCGUUGGAAGACUAUCAUCAUCUACCAAGCGGGCUCAACACUGGGGACCUGGGCGAUCUCUCUCACAGUCAGAUGGUGCGGGUGGACGAGUUGCACAAGAGUACUUUACGGGAGGAGAAGAUGAUAACCGAGAAGCUGGCUAAGAAGCAGGAGACAAUUGCCGACUCUUCCAUGGUCAGGUUGACGACCGAGUUGAUGGUUCAUAUGGAGGAACAUGAUCAACAGGUGGUAGUUGAUGCGGCUCUGGCAUCCAAGGAGAAUGGGCUGGUGAGGGUUCUGCAGAUGGCCGAUGACUUGAGGCUCAAGACGCUCAAAGAGUUGAUCCUUAUUCUCAGUCCUAUUCAGGGUGCUUACUUCCUUAUUGCUGCGGCCGAGCUCCACCUCAAGAUUCACGAGUGGGGGAAGAAUCGAGACGCUAGCCGCAAGCGCCGCCGCCACCACUACACCACCACCACCACUACUACUGCUAAUAAAUGA